CCGCCGCGGAACGCCGCUUACUGAGGCCGCGGAGAUCGUGCCGAGCGAGGGAGCCUGCCUGUCUUCCUGCCUGCCUCCCUUCCUUCGGCGGAGCAUGGGCGAGAAGGCGCCGCCUGUACGCCCCGUGGCUGUGGACCCGGACUUCGAGCCGCGGAGCCGCCCGCGCUCCUGCACCUGGCCGCUGCCACAGCCGGGCUUCCCCGGCGCCGAGGAGGAGGAGGAGGACGAGGAGGGCGAGGGGGUCGAGGGAGGCGGGGGCCGGCCCGGGCAGAGCGCCCACGAGCGGGGUGGCGGGGGUGGGGGGUCCGGCCCGGUAGCGCCUCCCCCGCCGCCUCCUCCGCCCGCCGCCUCCUCCGCCUCCCCGCUGGAGCCUGGGCAGCAGCAUCAGCAGCAGCUGCGGAAGGCCAAGACCUCUCGGCGCAACGCCUGGGGGAACCUCUCCUACGCGGAUCUCAUCACCCGCGCGAUCGAGAGCGCCCCGGAGAAGCGCCUCACGCUCUCGCAGAUCUACGACUGGAUGGUCCGCUAUGUGCCCUACUUCAAGGACAAGGGUGACAGCAACAGCUCCGCCGGGUGGAAGAAUUCCAUCCGCCACAACCUGUCCCUACACACCCGAUUCAUCCGCGUGCAAAACGAAGGCACUGGCAAGAGCUCCUGGUGGAUGCUGAACCCUGAGGGUGGGAAAACGGGAAAGACGCCACGCCGGCGAGCUGUCUCCAUGGACAAUAACAGCAAGUUCCUGCGGAUCAAAGGCAAAGCCAGCAAGAAGAAACAGCUCCAAGCCUCCCAGGAGCGCAGCGGGGAGGAGAGCCCAGCUGGGCCUCCAGCCAAGUGGUCUGGAAGCCCCUCCUCGCACACCAGCGAGGAGUACGAUGCUUGGGCUGACUUUCGGACACGAGCCAAUUCCUCAGCCAGCACACUGAGUGGACACCUUUCUCCCAUUAUGGCCAACCAUGAGCCGGAUGAGUUGGAAGAGGAGGAUGGGACUCCAUCUUCCCCGCUGAUGUACCCAAGCCCAUCCAGCACCAUGUCCCCCUCCCUGAAUGCCCGUUGCUCUGUUGAGAUGCCCAGGCUAGCUGACCUCACCGGCACCAUCAAUCUGAACGAGAGCCUCGGCGAGAGCCUGCUGGAUGACCUGCAGGACAACUACAGCCUGAGCCCUGGCCAGCCGCUCUCUGCAGGCGCUCUCCGACAGAGGAAUUCCAGCUUCAGCUUCAACACCAAGUGCUCUGCUGUGGGCACUGGAGGAGGGGGAGGUGGCAGCAGCAGCACCUACUGUGGGACCAUCUACAGCCAGCCUGCCAUGAGCCUCAUGCGCCGCUUGCCCAUGCAGACCAUCCAGGAGAACAAACAGGCCACUUUUGCUCCCAUGCACUCUUACCGCAACUCUUUGUUGCAGGAUCUGCUUUCCUCGAUCUCCUACACAUACAAAGAGAGUGACUCUCACUUGCCACAGGCCAACAGCAUGGGUCCGCCACCUCGCAGCCACAGACCAAAUGUUCUCAUGUGCAGUGGCAAUGGUGGUAGCAGUUGCAGCGGGGAGAUUGGCCUGGUUUCCUACCACCCCCACUCACCCUCCCUUAUGAAGAGUGGUGCAUUGUACCAUCCGUCAUCAGCCAGCCACCACCCUUCUGUCAACAACAGUGCCUUACCCACUCCCAUCAGCCUUAUGAGCCUGCCCAGCGACACUUGCAGCAUGGCGGCCAUGCCCCACCAUGGGCACAUCCAUUCCUAUGUCAACAAUCCAGGGGCGCACAUGAGUUUGUUGGAUUCUUUACAGGGACCCUACCCAGAAGCCAUGCACACCCCUGUUUUGGGUCAGGAGAGAUUCCCAGCAGACUUGGACUUGGACAUGUUCAAUGGUAGUUUGGAGUGUGACGUGGAGUCCAUCAUCUUGAAUGACUUCAUGGACAGUGAUGAAAUGGACUUCAACUUUGACUCUGCUCUUCCACCACAAAAUGGCCUCAACAUGGCCACGUUGCCUAGCACUCCGCAGGCCACCAACCAGAGUUGGGUGCCUGGGUGAGACCAGCUCAGGCCCCAUUGGUGGGUUGCGGAAGCUCUCUCCGCUCCGCUGCCUUCCUUGUUUUCCUUGCCUUCAUUUGUUCAGCCAGGCUAGAGCCAUCUGUUUAAACUUGACAAUGACACUAAACACACACAUACACACACACAAUGUAGGGAAAAAUGUCUUGACAGGUACCGGCGGCUUCCCGCUUGUGCCAGGUGUAUUGUGCAGUAAGUUGGAUCUGUCUUUGAUGUGUGCAAUAGGCACAAGUUAGCCAUGGCAUUGCAGAGUUGCUGACUCUUUCUUAACCCUCUCUCCUAAUUUGGGCACCUACACUAUUGCACAGAAAUAUAGGUGAUGUGUGGUCUGAAGAACCUUUUAGAAUUCUUGCCAAGCUUCCAGUCUGGUUUAGAUAACCUUGGUGAUAAUUAUGACUGUUCUGGUUUUUUAGCCUAUUUCCCAGUCACUUCCCUACACUGAUAUUCUAUGUAAGUUCAUCUCUGGCUCCCUACAGUAAAAAACAAAACAAAAAAACAACAAACAAACAGUUGCCUAAGAUCCUCUCCAUUUUCAGACUUGCAAUGCAUUUUGCAUGUUCAUUGGCCACUGGGAACAAGAGCAGCAGGGGAGGCACUUGCCAUACUAAAACCAAUGUUAAUCCGGGUCUGGUUCAUCAUUUUCCAGUUGUUCCAUAUAUGAAUUUUCUGUGUUAGUUUUUGGAGUGAGAGGGUGGUCGAACUUGUGCUUAUGUAGAAGCAAAAAAGGCUCAGAUUUCCCUUUCUGUAGUGAACCAGGGCUCAUAGGACUGGAGCACUAGGACUUGAUGUUUAGCAAGGAGAAUAAUAUCUUCCACUCCUUUCAGACUUGCUUUGUCCUCAGGCUAGGUGCCUGCCACACCUCACGCAUGUUUGUGAUUUUGUCCACAUAGUAUUUGAUAUGACAUCAAGUCCUAGGGGCUCACUGCUGGUCUGGAAAAUUGGCAGGAUUGAACAGGAAGGACGAAACUAUGGUGACUUUUUAUUUUGGUUUAGCGUACACCCUUGCCAAAAAUACCUAGCUUUGUGAAGGCAGGACCAGGAUCUGUUUUGAUCAGGUAAAGGGAGCUUGCCCUAUAGAAGAAGAAGAUCUCUGGAAGGCUAGAGGGACUGGGUAGAGGAAGCCACAGCAAACAUAAGCAUUGGUAUGUAGUUAGGAAAAGACAAGAAAGGGGCUACGUCCAAACAUUAGGACCCAUCAAAGUAAAUAUAGUCUGAAAACUGGCUUGGAAGGCUGAAAGGUAAAGGACGCAAAAAUUACACAUCCAUCUCUCUGUCAUUAGAAAUGCCUGAGCCACCUUAAGGCAUUGCUGGAUAGGCUAUGGAGGUGGUGGCAGUGGGUGCGAUGCUUCUGGAAAGGAAGAUGCUAGAGCAAGAUAGAGUUGAAAGCACCAGAGUACAACUCAAGGGCCUGCUGAGCUGAGUCGCUGUCAGCCUCCAUUUCCUCUCCAUCUGCCUCAGCCUAUUUAUUUAUUUAUUUCAAAGUUUUAUAUACUGAGCUUCUCACCUCAUAAGAGGGACUCAGCC